UACACUCUAUCGUUUGGCUGAACGAAAUAGUUACCUUUACAUCAAGCGGAAAGGGGGAAGAUUUUUUUUUUUAAAACGCGAGACGCCGCUGACGAAUAUUAUCGAUGUCAACAUAUAGUUUAUAUUUCUACAAAUGAAAUAAUUCGGUUUUGUAUCUUACAUAUGUGAACACAACAUUUUCAGUGGCCUCCAGUCCACACCAACUGCGAGGGGACAGGCAGACCAUGAACUGAAGAAUUCGGACCCAGACGCCUACAUCUUUUCUCCAUCCUUUAUUUCGUCCCCUCUCCUUUCAUUUCACUGAGGGCCCAGGAGUCCUCGCACUGCACCAUACCUCUCGCCCCACCGAGCUGCAGCCAUGGGCAGGAAAAAGAUCCAGAUCCAGCGGAUCACAGACGAGCGCAACAAGCAGGUCACCUUCACCAAGCGCAAGUUCGGCCUGAUGAAGAAAGCCUACGAGCUGAGCGUGCUGUGCGAUUGCGAGAUUGCCCUCAUCAUCUUCAACCACACCAACAAGCUCUUCCAGUACGCCAGCACGGACAUGGACAAGGUGCUGCUCAAGUACACCGAGUACAACGAGCCGCACGAGAGCCGCACCAACGCCGAUAUCAUUGAGACAUUGCGGAAGAAAGGCUUCAAUGGCUGUGACAGCCCAGAGCCAGAUGGCGAGGACUCCAUCGACCAGAGCCCGCUCAAUGACGACAAGUACCGCAAGACCAAUGAGGACCUGGACAUCCUCUUCAAAAGAUACGGGUCUACAGUUCCACCGCCAACUUUCUCCAUGCCUGUCACAGUCCCGGUUUCAAAUCAGAAUGCACUACAGUUCAGCAACCCUGGCGGAGCCCUGGUAACCACCUCCUUUGUGACAUCGUCGCUCUCAGAUCCCCGCCUCCUGUCGCCACAGCAACCAGCCCUCCAGAGGAACACGGUGUCUCCAGGGUUACCGCAGAGACCUGCCAGUGCAGGCGCGCUUCUCGGAGGCGACCUGAACAACUCGAACGGGGCGUGCCCAAGCCCAGUAGCAAAUGGGUACAUCAGCGCCAGGGCCUCUCCAGGCCUCCUGUCCGUCUCCAACGGCAACAGCCUGGGGAAAGUAGUUCCGGCCAAGUCUCCGCCCCCAUCCAGCCCACAGAUGGUGAACAGCCGCAAGCCGGACCUCCGGGUCAUCACGUCCCAGAGUGGCAAGAGUCUGAUGCAGCUGACCAGUGAGGAUCUGGACCUGGUGAGUGAGAAUGCUCAGCGGCUGGGUGGCCCGCAGGUGGCACAGACGCUCACCACGCCGGUGGUGUCAGUGGCAACACCCAGCCUCUUGUCACAGGGACUGCCGUUCUCUGCUAUGCCGACAGCCUACAACACAGACUAUCAGCUGACAAGUGCAGAUCUCUCAGCGCUCCAGGCUUUUACAUCACCAGGUAGUCUGCAGCUAGGCAACGUAUCAACGUGGCAACAGCAGCCACAAGCGCAGCAGCAGCAACAGCAGCAGCAACAGCAACAGCAGCCGUCUGUAUCCCAGCAACAGCAACAGCUCAACCUGGCAUCUCUCAGUAACUUGGUCAUGUGGGGCGUGGACAAGCAGAACAGUGAGAUGUCUAACUGCAUCUCCAGUUUCGCUGCCAAUCUGAGUGUGGCCCCCCAGGCAGAGCUGCUCUCGAGCAGGGACGAGUGGCUCAGCCGGCCCGUGGCUCACAUACCUCAGGGCGCUACGCUGACGGUGAGCACCAACACCAACCCCAACGUGAGCAUCAAGACAGAGCCCGUGUCUCCCAACCGCGACCGGAGCACCCCGUGCUCCACGUCCGGCGGGGUGCUCUCGGCUGCUCCUCAGUACCCUGGGGCGUUGCGACUCGAGCCCACUGGCCGCUCCCCCGUCGACAGCCUGAGCAGCAACGGCAGCUCCUUUGAGGGCAACGAGCGCGAUGACGGGGCACAAGCGCGCUCCCACGAAUUUGGCCACGUGAGGGCGCAGGGGGAGACGGAGCAAGAGGGGGCCAACGUCAAGCGCAUGAGACUGGACACCUGGGUCACAUAAGAGCUGCAGAAGAGAGGUCUCUUUUAAGAUCCCCACCCCCACCCCCCCACCCCCUUGCACUACCACAUGCCACCCGUUCACUCCCCCACCCGCACGCGAAAGCCGAGUUACCGAACCAGGGUCUAUAUUUGGGAGGAGAUUUAGGGGAGUGGGCAGGUGAGUUGCGCUGGAGAUGGGGGAGGGACUAGUGAACCUUUAAAAUGUCUGAGUUGAUUGUUGACGUGAUGGUCAUGUUUGUGCUCUGGACAUGAGACGGCGCGUUUCAUUGACAUACACAUCGAAGUGGCGGAGGGAGGACUCCCUGACAGUUCGUGGACAAAACAUUUCUCCUUCCUCCUGGGAUUUCAGUCAAAUCUGUACAGUAAGGACCUGUGAUACUCUGGAAACGUCUCGCUGUAUUCGUCCAACUGAGCUCCAGUCGACGCUGUUGCUGUACCUAGAGGCACAAGGUGUGCCGCGCUUACCUUUCGGUGUUUCUCGCCGCCUCUUCUGACUAGAUGAACUUGUCCCAGGUACACACGUGUGCUGGAGUGAUGCUUAUUCAGGUUGCCAUUGUUUUCUGAAAGAAAAAAAAAACAACAAAUCUAUAAAACACACCUCAGAAAAGCAGGUUUACGUUCAGUUGGAACUGCCGUCCUCCUCAAACCCCAGUCGGCGCAAGAGUCCCCCUCCUUGGCACCCUCGAUUUUUUUUUUUUUUUUUGUUUUACACACAGCUCGCGGCCUCGAUGAGGAACACAAAACAAGCCUGUCUCCUGGAGAAGAUCCUGCAUCCUCAAAGAGGAGGAAGCCAUAAGGCGCAUCUUUAUGGACCUCAAAAGUUGCACCAUGGAAGCCUGGAUCUCUGAAGGUAACGAGAACCACGGGAAGCUGGCAGCAGCUGCUCCGAAGCUCCGGAUGCUGCACCGCGAAAUGCCGCAGGGAGGCAACUCCCAGAUCACUGCUGUGGAUGCAGAAUUGAGACUGGGGGGGGAAACUCCCUCGUCUGAGCCGUCCAUUUAUUGGUCAAGUCCGUUCCUCCGCCUGUAAGAACGUAAGAGCUCCUCAUUUUUGUUCUAGUUUAUUUCAUGACGUGUUUUAAUAAGGUUUUUUUCCUUGUAAGUUGUGGUUGAAUUUUAGCCCUCUGGGGGCUCUUGAUGUGUGUAAAUGUAACCGGCGUGACCGUGGGCAUGUCUUUGCUCCGCGGUCACUCGUGUUACGAUCCAUGCGAGGAGGACAUGGGUGUUUGUAUUGAGAAACUGAAAACGGCUGCAUUGACUUCAUCAGUCACUUUUGCAAUGCAUAUAUUUAGCUUGUCUUUUGCCUCUGGCUGCCUAAAUCAGGGGAAUAUCUGUCGACUUAAAGUAUUCUUACAGUUUUUUAGGAAAUAAACUCGUUUAAAUCCUUGGGGUGACAUUUUUGUAAAGGAAUGAAAUUUGUAAAUACAGUGUUUUCAAUGUUCCUGUACAGCCAGCUUUAGCUCACACAAAAGUGGAAAGGGGUUCCCGUACUGAAGGCUACAUACAUACCAUAUUGCACCUGAGGGCAGUGAAACAAUCUAGUUGUUUUGAAAGAAACGCGUAAGAGAUGAUGGAGUACAUGGACUGCGUGAGUGUCUAUGUAUGUACAAUUAUACUCCCGUUUUGCUGGAUAUCCCGACACAAACAGCGUGUUGGUACUCUGCUUCUCACUCUAUAUGCGUAAAUGUGUGUGUUCUGUGUUUCAGGCCAGGGUACCGGAGAAGGCAGUGAUAGCAGUGGCAGUGGAACUGAUUGUUCGAGAGAACACUCAUGGCUCCUUUGUCGGCGCGCACUUUAAACUCCGCCCCACAUGACUCUCUCAACGAGAGAAGUUACCGUAAAGAGGGCUGGCCCAUUUAGCCCAGGCAGCAGCGGCGGGAUACAAAUCGAGCCUCGCAGUCAGCGUUCUGGUAACGUUCGUUGGCCAGCUUGCACCCGGUGCCAGCACGUCGCUGGAGGUACGGGAGGCGGCAGAGCAGAGGGCGCUACCGUCGGUCUGGGACACUCAUACGAGACCCUCGGAGGCUUCCUCAGCUACAUAGGAAGAGGAAGGGCACUUGCUAGUGGUUUACCCUCAAGAAAAGUGUGUUAUCUCCAGGGCAGGUUCCUUUUUUUCAGUGUCAGACCUUUGGUAAGGAACCACAUGUCUGUGACCAGGUACCGCCAACACCUUGCUCCAUCUCUUUACCGUGCUUCUGCUCAAUGGCAGCUGCAUAAUGUGAUAACCGUCCUUUGAAAUGAUCAUCUCUUCUUUAAAAAGGAUUUUUCUUUUUCACAUCACAUUAAAAAGUCAGUAUUGAUGUACCAGCCAAUUAGCCUUUACCCCCAUUCGGUAACAACUGAAAACUCUGUAUGGGACAACAUUAGUGCAGGUGAUGUCUACACAUUACAGUGCAUCUCAGGUUCUCUACGUUUUAUUCCUCACUCCACUUAGACAUUUUACGUUAAGUGAGGCACCGGCGGGUUAGAGCUGUUGCUUUGCAGUUGGAAAGUCUGGAUUCAGAUCACGUCUGCUGCUGUAGUACUGCUCUUUCAGAUACUUAGUGUGAACUGAUGCAGUAAAAAUGACCCAUCUGUGAUGGGAAAAGAAUUGUAAGCAGCUUUGUGUACAAAGCCAACGUUGGAAGUAAAGGACUUUGGAGACUUAGGAGAAAAGCAUUGGCUAAAUGAAUGAAUAAUGAAAGUGAAGAAUAUGUAGAGGGUCCAUAUUGUUGGGUGUUGUGGCACACAAGUGGUUGGACCGGUAGAUUCCUUAUCCCACCAAAAUGCAGAGCAACCCCCCCCCCCCUCGCUCCGAUGGCACAUUUGACAGCCUGCGUGUGCCUCCUGAGGUGAAUGAUAUUUUGCCCCGCCCUCAUCCCAUCGUUUUGCUAAGAACGUAGAAUUUUUUAAGAAAGUGGGAGCUGGACCUUGAGAAUUCCUCUGUGUCGCGUCGCCUGCUAGUUGCACCAGAAGGAUUAGUAACUGGGGUCCGUCUCUGAAAACCAAAACUUGACUCGCACCAUUUUUUUUGGGUGUGUCCACGGAGGGAUAAAUGUAAACCGAGCUUCGUGGCUCAAACUGUCUCCUGGCCUUUCCUCGCACCAGCUUCCCACCACUCGUACCUGAGCUUUUCUGCUACGCUGCUGGCGUUUCAGAGCCACCAGGGCCGCUCCGCUGUCCGAGACACAUCCGUUUGUGAGAGAAUGGGGUCCUAACGUGAGUCUCAUUCAGCAGGUAUCUCUGUGUCUACUGGCCAGUUUUUGGGGGUCGACCACAUUUUUGGGUGUGUUCAAAAACACAGUGAGCUGAAUGAGGAGUAAGUGUGUUUAUAUCACACUUCCUUUUCAAGUUCACAUCCAGAUGGGUUGACUGGACUCUACACCUGUAUUAUUCUGUAUUAAAAUAAAGUGGUAGCAGAUUUUUUUGCGAUCGUGCAGCUUUUCUUCAUUUCGACCUGUAGUGGUGAGAGGUCUCUGGUACCUCAUAGCGGCACCCGUGCAAAAGGCCCACGAUAAGCUCUGUGUGUGUGUGUUUGGGGAGAACCCUCUGAAAAUCAGCAAACUGUCUACAGGCAGCUGCUGAGACGUCACAGCGCAGUGUCCCACACCAUUAUCAUUUCCUUCCACACUGACCUUUGGCGAGUUCGCAUUGUAUAAAAUGUCCUGUGUCAGGAGAGUGUGUAACUUUACUGAAAGACAAUCUCAGAAGAGCGCAAACGUGCACCCCUUUCCAGUGUGUAAUGAUCUUUCUAGAAUCUCACUUGUUUUCUAGUGUUAUUUUGUGCUGGUGCCAGUUCUAUUGUCUAUUAUUAUUAUUGUUAUUAUUAUUAUUGUAGUGCAGAUAAUAAUAAUAAUGA